ACUCCACAGACGAGACCAGAGUCCACAAACCCCAACCACGCCCACCUUCCGCGCCUAGGGUUCCGGCCCCAUGUCCGUCGCCAAGGUCGCGGUUCCGGCGUCGGCGCGCAGGUUCGCGGCCGUCGCGGCGGCUAACACGGUCAUCUACGCGGGGUACGCGAUGCUGUGGCUCGGCUCUGCGUACGGCGUCUUCACGGUCGUCGGGCGCCGCACCUUGGGCGAGGGUUCCCCUGUGCUCUCGGCGGCGAAGACGGUCGCCCUCUACGCGUUGCGCGGCUGUGGAAUUCUCUUACCCUUCUCGCUCAUGCUCGUCGCCCUCCGCUCCAUGGCCUCCGUCUCCAACAACACCCACUCCAAGGAGCGUACCAAAGAACCUGCCGUGAAAGGCCUUCGUCAGAUUCUUCGAAAGGUUAUUCGAGACAUGCUCCAGGAUGCUGUUAUGGUUGGAGCCCUUGCUACGUUCCCCUUCCUGCUGCUCAUGUGUGCUGGUGCUCUGGUGACGGGUGAGUCGCCUGUGAAAGAAUCUCGGAGGGAGAUGAUCGGUUCUAUAUUGGUGGAUGUGGGGAUACUGGGCGCCAACGCGAUACAUUGUUUCGUCAUCUUACCCAUUACAAUUCUGAGGAUAUGGAGGAUGAAGUAUUGAGGUGGCAGUACUGUUGUGCUGUUCAGUGACUGCGAUGCAAACGGUUUUGGAAAGGUGCUAUGGAGUUUACAAGUACAACAAGACCCAGGGAUUCUACUACUGCUCAUCAUUUUCUGAACCACUCUCGGCAUGUUAUGUAACUUAUCGCUACUUCUAGCAACUAGACUACAAGACCCAGGGAUUCUACUGUUAGGAAUGUACUGCUCGUCAUUUUCGGAACCACUCUAGGCAUGUUAUGUAACUUAUCGCUACCUCUAGCAACUAGACUACUUGUAGGUGCUUGUGUCUUGGUGAUGCCAUGGUGAACUUUG